AUGUUGUUCUUAGUAAUAUAUGCUAUUGCUGCCGUCGGUGAAUGCAUAAUGGUUGGAAAAAUCUAUAAUAGUAGUCUUACACAAUUGAAUGCAGAAGAAGCUGACGAAGUUUUUAUAGACGGUAUAUGUGCAGCGUGCGUUUGUCAUUUAAUAUUAAAUUCGGCUGAAUACGUUGCAUUCAAUUGUUAUUCAAACAACAAUACAUGUUUAAUGUUCAAAAAUUAUUCGUCAUCUUAUACGAUGGAAUCAAAUACAAAUACAACGUUUAUAUUUUUGUCGUUGCCACCACCACCAGAAACUCUUACAAUUUUGACGACAACUGUCGAUACUGAAGCAAGUGAAAUAAUAAGCGAAUCGUUAACGAUAACACCAACAACUACUCCUACAACGACACCAUCGGCAGCAUCUCAGUGUCAAUUAUCAUCAUUACCGUCUAUACCUGUGAAUAUUACAUAUGAUCAACUAUUACUUUUACAAAAUAUGUCGACUGAAUUCAACGUCUACGAGUGUUAUGCUUAUGGCUUUUAUGCGACAUCCCAAACUCAUACAGUGUCAUUCGGUUUUCGACAAGAUCCAUUAGCGUGGUGCUUGGAUGAUGUUUCUGUUGUAAAUAACGAUACGAACCAACAAUUACUUAAUAAUUCCGGUUUCGAAACGGGCAAUUUAACAGGAUGGAUCUACUCCGAUAUGAAUAGUUGCGGUUUAGGAUAUUCAAAAGUCGAUAAUAAUGUUACGAACGCUCAUUCGGGAAUAUAUUAUUAUUUGUCCGGCUGUAAUGGAGAAACUGAUUAUUUAGCUCAAACAUUUGAGACAACACCGGGACAAUUGUAUGUAAUUAGUUUUUGGUUAGAAAAUCUCGGUGGUGUUCCUAGCUUGGCUAAUAUAACAAUCAGUUAA